AUGCCAGUGGCGGUGAUGGCGGAAGGUUCCUUUAGUUUCAGAAAGUUGCUGGAUCAGUGCAAGCACCAGGAGCUCGAGGCUCCAGGAGGAAUUGCUACACCCCCAGUGUAUGGUCAGCUUCUAGCUUUAUAUCUGCUUUAUAAUGACAUGAAUAAUGCAAGAUAUCUUUGGAAAAGAAUACCACCUGCUAUAAAAUCUGCAAAUUCUGAACUUGGGGGAAUUUGGUCGGUAGGACAAACAAUCUGGCAGAGAGAUUUCCCCGGGAUCUAUACCACCAUCAGCGCUCACCCGUGGUCUGAGACGGUCCAGCCAAUCAUGGAGGCACUAAGAGAUGCCACCCGGAGGCGAGCCUUCGCCCUGGUCUCUCAGGCAUAUAUGUCCAUCAUCGCCGACGAUUUCGCAGCCUUUGUUGGACUUCCCGUGGAAGAGGCUGUGAAAGGUAUCCUAGAACAAGGAUGGCAGGCAGACUCCACCACAAGGAUGGUCAUGCCCAAAAAGCCAGUUGCAGGGGCCCUGGAUGUUUCCUUUAACAGGUUUAUUCCCUUUUCAGAGCCUGCCCCCGUCCCGCCCAUCCCCAAUGAACAGCAGUUAGCCAGACUCACCGAUUACAUGGCUUUCCUCGAAAACUGACUUACCAUUCUGAGUUCAAGAUCCACCUUCAGCAUCCUGAAUACUGACAGAAAAAUGUAAAAUUUUUAUUUUCAAUUUUAUUGGAUGGAUUAAGCACCUCAGCAUUCCUUACUGAGUAUGUGAUAAAAUACGUGUAUAAUAUAAAGUAUAUUAUAUAUAUUUUGUCCUUAAACA